AAACUUGAAUGUUUCUGACGGGGAAAAGGACUGGGCCGCCUGCUGUAGACUCAAACUUCAGAAUCGCGUUUAUUAACCCCAUUUCAUCGCUUCAUUUUUUAAUACUUAAGUUGAGUUCUUACGUAUUUGUGACGCUUAACUUUUUAGGACCCUCGAGACUGAGACGUUUGUUCAGAACUUAAUUUUCCAUCAUAUAAGACUUCCUUUCCAAAUGAUGUUGACAGGAGACGGCUGGUUUUACUGAGGUACUUUUGGCCUGCUGAAGUUUUGAGUCACCUGUGACAGAUUUCACUUCCUCAUCAGGAUUUGAUGUGUUUUGCGCUUCGACACCAGCUGUCGGUUGUUUAUCUCGUGAAUGGGACUUUGUCCGCUGUCGCUCAGAUGAAAACCGACGUCUGGCAGUAGCUGAACCACCUGCUGCAUCAAAUCUCUUAGUUUGCCUGCAAACAGGUGCUGCAUGUGUGUGUGUGUGUGUGUGUUUACCAGCUCUAAUGGUAGCAGCUAGAAAAUAUCACAUGUGACAGGAUUGAACUGCCUCACCAUGACAGAGGUCCAGACUCCAUGGCCACAGGGCACAGAGUGUGUGGCCAGGUACAACUUCAAAGGCACAUCAGAACAGGACCUGCCCUUUAACAAAGGAGAUGUGUUGACCAUUAUUGUCGUCACAAAGGAUCCAAACUGGUACAAAGCUAAAAAUUCUGCAGGUCGUGAGGGGACAAUUCCAGCCAACUAUGUUCAGAAAAGGGAAGGUGUGAAACAUGGAGGCAAACUGAGUCUAAUGCCGUGGUUUCAUGGGAAGAUAACACGGGAUCAGGCAGAGCGGUUGCUUAACCCUCCUGAAACGGGCCUGUUCUUGGUGCGAGAGAGCACCAACUUCCCCGGGGACUACACCCUGUGUGUGAGCUGUGAUGGUAAGGUGGAGCACUACCGCAUCAUCUACCACAACGGCAAGCUAACUAUUGAUGAGGAGGGGUUCUUUGAGAACCUCAUGCAGCUGGUUGAGCACUACACCAAAGAUGCAGAUGGCCUGUGCACCAGACUAAUAAAGCCAAAACUGGAGGAGGGGACAGUGGCCGCUCAGGAUGAGUUUUCCAGGAGUGGCUGGUCAAUGAGCAGAAAAGACCUCAAGCUGCAGCAGGUUAUUGGGAAAGGAGAGUUUGGAGAUGUCAUGGUGGGAGACUACAGAGGGACAAAAGUAGCUGUCAAGUGCAUAAAACAUGAUGCUACAGCACAGGCCUUUAUUGCAGAGGCUUCUGUCAUGACGCAACUACGGCACGAUAACCUGGUGCAGCUGCUUGGAGUAAUUGUAGAGGAGAACGGGAGUCUGUAUAUAGUUACUGAGUACAUGGCCAAGGGCUGUUUGGUUGACUACUUACGUUCCAGAGGCCGGACAGUACUUGGUGGAGAUGCUCUCCUUAAUUUUGCACUAGACGUCUGUGAAGCCAUGGCGUACCUAGAAGCCAACAACUUUGUCCACCGAGACUUAGCAGCCCGCAAUGUCCUCGUGUCAGAUGACAACAUAGCCAAAGUCAGUGACUUCGGUCUGACCAAGGAAGCCUCUUCCACUCAGGAUACUGCUAAGCUGCCUGUGAAGUGGACGUCACCAGAGGCCCUCAGAGAAAAGAAAUUUUCCACCAAAUCAGACGUUUGGAGCUACGGUAUUUUGCUUUGGGAGAUUUACUCGUUUGGCCGAGUGCCUUACCCAAGAAUUGCAUUAAAAGAUGUUGUGCCUCGAGUAGAGAAGGGAUACAAAAUGGACUGUCCAGAUGGCUGUCCUGAAGUGGUGUAUAACAUGAUGAAGCAGUGCUGGAACCUGGAUCCUGCUGCCCGACCAAGCUUUCAGAUGUUGAAGGAGUGGCUACAACAUAUCACCCAAGGGAUGGGAAGAAAACAAUGAGCGAUCUGACAGAAUAGACACAGGAAGUGAAUUUCCUAUUCCUUCAUUUUGACCACUUGGACCAUGACAUGGGAUGAAAAAAUAGAUUUCAAAUUGUAUUAAUUGACAAAAUUUGUUUUCACAUAAUGUUCAUAAACUGGAAACAUUUCUGAGCGUCAUCCCUCUCCUCAAGUUGUUCAAACUGCUUUAAUUCUUAAUUACUGACUCAGAUGGUCUAGUAGAGCUCGGUUAUCAAAAGUGAAUGAAUAAUAUAUCAACGAGACUUUCCUUAGAACACAGUGCUGCCUCAGAGCCACAGUGCCUUGACCUGUUGUUUUAGAUAUAUUUUAUGCCCUUUAUGUUUAGAUCCUAGGUCAUAUUGGUGGCAUCAUUUAAUUUUAUGAACAUGUAGACGGUAACAUCAUUUGACUAUCCGUUUAAAGAGGAAACACUCCUCAAAAGUAGGAAUACAAUUUUGAUACAUCAUUACUCUCCGUAUUAUUUUCACAGUUUCCAGGUACACUGUUUGAAUGUUGUUAUUUUGUUAAAAGGACUAAGUUAAAAUAGCUAUAAUUAUGCAGCUUUAUUUUUUCAUAUAAUUUUAUAUAUGUUAUGCCUACAUUUGGAUCCCUCUGUAAGUCAAAAAAGGAAGCACAAGUUUGGACAAAUGUCACCAUUACUACUGAUACCAUAACACCAUUCAGCUCAGUCAUGUAGGCACCAUUCCCAUGUACAGAAUUUUCCAUCCGGCAUUGAUAAAUGUUUUAUUUUGGGAAUCUUGGAUUCAACCAAACCAUCUGGAUUUUGAAUGUAAUGAGAAAAAGAGAAUGUUUAUAAAUUGACUGUGUUGCCAUUUUCAACAAUAAAAAAGAAUACAUUUUGAAA